AUGGCUAUUUUCUAUAUCCUUUCAUUCCCUGCAACAAUAUUGGCUACUAUAUUAUCCUUUCUCUUAUCGGUCUACUACCUUCAAUCAAGAAACUCAUCAAGCACGAAGAGAGAACGUAAAGUACCAGAAGCUGGAGGUGCAUGGCCUUUGAUUGGCCACCUCCAUCUCUUUAGAGGGUCAAAACCACUUCAUAUAAUAUUGGGUAAAAUGGCUGAUAAAAUGGGACCUAUCUUCAAAAUCAAACUGGGCAUGCAUCCAACUUUGGUAGUAAGCAAUUGGGAAAUGGCCAAACAGUGUCUAACAACCAACGAUCAAGUUUUCGCCACUCGUCCAAAAACUCUUGCCAGUGUACUUGUGGGUUACAAUCGUGCCAUGCUGCCCUUCAGCCCUUAUGGCCCAUAUUGGCGUCAGAUGCGCAAAAUAGCAAUAUUAGAGCUUCUCUCUAACCAACGAAUCCAGACGCAAAGCCGUGUGCGAGAAUCGGAGGUAAGGACAUUUUUAAAAGAGUUAUACAAGUUUUGGGAUAAAAACAAAAAUAGUCAAAAUAAAGUGUUGGUGGAGAUGGUUAGAUGGUUCGGUGACAUGACAUUAAAUUUGAUUUGUGAGAUAAUAGUUGGGAAAUCUGUUGGAUAUGUGACUACAGAAGGAGGAGGAGAGAGUAAAAUAUGGAAACAAGGGUUGAGGGAUCUUUUUGAUUUGAUAGGGAAGUUUGUGGCGGCUGAUGCGAUUCCAUUUUUGAGGUGGUUUGAUAUUGGUGGAUUUGAGAAGGCCAUGAUCAAGACUGCAAAAGAACUAGACCUUGUUGCUGAAGGUUGGCUGAAGGAGCAUAAGAAGAAGAGAGCUUCUGGUUUUAAGCAAGGAGAGGAACAUUUCAUGGGUCUGAUGCUAAACAUUCUUGAUCACACACAAGUUGCUCAAGGUCCACAUUCGGAUCCUAUCAACAAGGCCGUAAGCCUGUCUUUAAUCUUAGUGGCUUCAGAUACAACAGCAGUCACAUUGAACUGGGCUCUUUCUUUACUAGUUAAUAACCCUAAUGCCCUAAAGAAGGCGCAAGAUGAAUUGGACAUGCAUGUUGGUAGAGAAAGGCAAAUACAAGAAUCAGAUAUAAAGAAUUUGGAAUACCUACAAGCCAUCCUAAAAGAAACGUUACGAUUAUACCCGGCUGGGCCACUUUCUUUGCCACAUGAGUCUACAGAAGAUUGCACAGUAGGUGGAUAUGAUAUUCCAGCAGGCACAAAACUUGUCAUCAAUAUAUGGAAAAUUCACCACGAUCCGCGAGUAUGGGAAAAUCCUUUUGAGUUUCGACCAGAAAGGUUUCUUACUAGCCAUAAGGAUUUUGAUGUGAGAGGCCAAAAUUUUGAAUUCAUUCCAUUUGGAAGUGGCAGAAGGAGGUGUCCUGGAAUUUCAUUUGGGCUACAAGUUAUGCAGCUAACACUAGCUAACUUGCUGCAUAGUUUUGAUAUUGAAACGCCAUCGAAUGAGCCAGUUGAUAUGACGGAGAACAUUGGAUUAACCAACCUUAGAGCUACUCCACUCGAAAUCCUUAUGCAUCCUCGCUUGCCCCCUCAUCUCUAUUCAUAGAUUAAUUAAUCAAUUUUAUGGUGGAAGUCACACGUUACCAGUUGUAAUUUGUAUUUUUAUCCAUUUCGAAAUGUUAGGAACUAAAACCAAACAAAUAAAUUAAUAAAAAAUGUUGA